AAACCAACAAACCUCGUCAGCGAAAACAACUGAAUUUGACGCGUUGGUCUCGCCCUGCAAACUCAAGCGCAGUCACAGCUUAGACAACAAUGGCUGCUUGUCUGCAACUCAACGCUAAGCCCUUCACCCCUCUUGUCUCUCCGAACCCCCUCUCCAAACACACCUCCAAGCUUGGCAGGGUCCGGUGCUCCGCCGCCCCACCCUCCAAACGCUACACCAUCACUCUGCUUCCCGGCGAUGGCAUUGGCCCCGAAGUCAUUUCAGUCGCCAAAAAGGUCCUCAACCUCGCUGCCACCAUCGAAGGGAUUGAGUUUAAAUAUCAAGAAAUGCCUGUGGGUGGAAAUGCCUUGGAUUUGACUGGAGUGCCGUUACCAGAAGAGACCCUUUUGGCAGCUAAGCAAUCCGAUGCAGUUCUGCUGGGAGCAAUUGGGGGGUACAAAUGGGAUAAAAACGAAAAGCAUUUAAAACCAGAAACUGGGUUGCUUAAGCUUCGGGAAGGUCUUAAAGUGUUUGCAAAUUUGAGGCCAGCAGUUGUUUUACCGCAGUUGGUCGAUGCCUCUACUUUGAAGAGAGAGGUCGCCGAAGGGGUUGACCUUAUGGUUAUAAGAGAGCUCACUGGUGGUAUAUACUUUGGACAGCCAAGGGGUUUUGGCACUAAUGAAAACGGUGAGGAGAUUGGUUUCAAUACUGAGGUGUAUGCUGCCUAUGAGAUUGAUCGUAUUGCUCGAGUUGCAUUUGAGACUGCUAGGAAGCGGCAGGGAAAGCUCUGUAGUGUUGACAAAGCAAAUGUAUUGGAGGCAUCAAUGUUUUGGAGAAAAAGAAUCCUGGAAAUAGCCUUGGAUUAUCCUGAUGUUGAACUCUCACACAUGUAUGUUGAUAAUGCUGCAAUGCAGCUUGUUCGUAAUCCAAAACAGUUUGAUACAAUUGUAACAAACAACAUAUUUGGCGAUAUAUUAUCUGAUGAGGCCUCAAUGAUUACUGGAAGUAUUGGGAUGCUUCCAUCUGCUAGUCUUGGAGAAUCAGGUCCUGGACUUUUUGAACCUAUACAUGGUUCUGCUCCUGAUAUUGCUGGACAGGAUAAGGCAAACCCAUUAGCAACGGUUCUCAGUGCUGCUAUGCUUUUGAAGUACGGUCUUGGAGAAGAAAAUGCUGCCAAGAGAAUUGAGGCAGCAGUCCUAGAUACUUUGAACCGGGGGUUUCGAACAGUUGAUAUCUAUUCGUCUGGAACGAAGUUGGUAGGAUGCAAAGAAAUGGGUGAAGAGGUAUUGAAGUCAGUUGAUUCUCUAGUUCCUUCUCCGGUAUGAAGAUAGUCAUGCCAACGUAACAUGAUCUUGGGGGUAGGGAGCCAUUGUGAAAUAAGCUGAAAAAGCAACUUGUAUAUCUUCUCCAAUGACAGUUUCCUUUUUUCUGUUUCUUCAAUUUGAAGGGCCUGUUUUAUUGCUUCUCAAUUUGCAGGUUCAUUUUCUUUAGGUGAAACAAAACCAUUUUCAUGUGUGCCAGAAUUUUUAUUUAUGCUCGCUUUUUA